AAAAACAAUGCGCGAAUAUAAAAUUGUUGUUUUGGGUAGCGGCGGUGUUGGAAAAUCCGCACUUACUGUACAAUUUGUGCAAUGCAUUUUUGUUGAAAAAUAUGAUCCCACCAUUGAGGACAGUUAUCGCAAACAGGUGGAAGUAGAUGGUCAACAAUGUAUGUUGGAAAUUUUAGAUACCGCCGGCACAGAACAGUUUACAGCAAUGCGAGAUCUUUAUAUGAAGAAUGGACAAGGUUUUGUCCUCGUCUAUUCAAUAACGGCACAAUCGACCUUCAAUGAUCUGCAGGACCUGCGAGAGCAAAUACUACGCGUUAAGGAUACCGAUGAUGUGCCGAUGGUGUUGGUUGGCAACAAAUGCGAUCUGGAGGAGGAGCGUGUCGUUGGCAAGGAUUUGGGUAAAAGCUUGGCAAAUCAAUUCAACUGUGCGUUUAUGGAGACCUCAGCCAAAGCCAAAGUGAAUGUGAAUGAUAUUUUCUAUGAUUUGGUCCGGCAGAUCAAUAAGAAAUCUCCCGAAAAGAAACAAAAGAAACCGAAAAAGUCCCUAUGUGUUCUCCUAUAAGACUUCCAAAAACAAAGAAAAAAAGAAAAGAAAUUAAAAUAGAAAAUGAGUAACAAGUUUAAAAAAAAAAAAAACAAAAAAUCAAGAAGCAUACAAAACACUCACAAAAAUUAAGAUUGUCAAAAUUGCAAUAACCAAGAUAUACAAUACAUAAACAAAAGCAGAGUAAGCUUGCUAUGUUUUUAAAUUUGCAAACAUUUUUGCAAUUACUACAUUCUACUACGACUACUACUAUUAUUAUAACUAUAUACUAUAUUUUGCUGAUUAACAACUAAUUAUUAUACCCAUAAAAGAAAAAACAUAU